UCAAGUAAAAUGGCGGGUAAAAAGGCCGUGAAGGAGCUGUCGGACAUGGAGUUAAUGAACGAACUGAAGUCUUUAGGUAUAAAAACUGGACCAGUUACUCCGAGUACAAGAAGGGUUGUUGAAAAGAAACUCUUGAAAGCCCGUGGUACUGACCUAAUCGACAGCAAUUAUGAAAGUAAGGACUCGGGAAAAAGCGAAAAUGUUUUCGUGGAAGAAAGUACAAAAUCUACUAGAGAGAGUACAAGUAGCACUUCGAGUGUAUUAGAAAGCCCUGCGAUCUUCUAUGGAGUCUGUUUUGAUGUGGAUCGUUCUUCUUCGGAGAGUGCGUCGCCAAGCCUCCCGGCUGUUUCCCCGGCUGUGUUUACGAGUAAAGACGAGGCACUGAAGAUGGCUAAGAAGGUGAGGGGUGCUCGCUUCAAAGGCUUCAAGACCAAACUUGAAGCUGAACGUUUUGCUCGAUCACAUUUCCAAGAGCAAGAACAAUCGCCAGCUCCCAAAGAUCCAGCUAGUAACUUCAAAACUCCAACACCUCAAAAGCUGGUUACAUUUCGUACGAUAAUUGAACGAGGCACGAAGGAAGAAUUUCAAGAGGUAGUUUUAAAAAAUCCCAGGUACCUGAUAGGACCAGGUGACACUCCGGUGAUCUUACAAGAAGGAUCCCGUUACAAUGCUCUUCACGUGGCCGUGAAAAGCAACAGAAAAGAGAUGUGUCAGCUGAUUGUCCAGACUCUAGAGAGUGAUCACUUCUGGAAUAUUCUUUUAAAUCAAGAAACUCAGUCUGCAAUCAACAGCCAAAGAAAGCAAUUUCUGGUGGACAUGUAUCUCAAUACGCCAGACAAAGGGACCUGGGAGACGCCGUUACAUUUUGCAUGCAAAUAUGGCAAAGCCGAUAUUGUUGAGUAUCUUGUGUCUCAUCCCUUAACUGACAUCCAAAAUCUAAGAUAUCAUAGAUCAUUGAUCUAUAAACAAUUUCAGGUGAUCUGUUCCAGAUGCUCCAGUGCAAGUUCUGAAUUAAAGUCUCAAAUAAAGAGCCUUCUUGAAGACAGCUUCUAUAUCCCACUGCUUGGUACAGUGGAUAACUCCACCCCACCCUGGAUAGGAGGUCCAUGGUCACCAGAGAUUUCAGGAGACAGAAUGACCACAGAAGGGGGAUUUUCUGGAAGUGCGCUUAACACCUGGAAAGAAAGAAACAGUCCUGGGGAAUUGCCAAUUACUGUGCGUGCAUAUGCUGGGCCAAUGUCUCCCUCAAAGGCUGAGGAAUUCUAUCAUGCCUGGAAAUAUCCAUCAAAUCGAGAAGAGCGCAAAAGUUAUAUUCAGAUAAAGAGAAAAGAUGAUAGCCGUGGUGUGGAGAGAAUUGGAAGAGACCUUGCUCACACUGGUAGAGUUGCCUGGACGGAGUACUGGCAUUUCCUUGGCUGUUAUGCUGACCUAUCAAGCUCUCAGGGACUGGAGAAGCUAGAAGAUUAUCUGGCAAAGAAGAAAGAAAAGGUUAUUUUAAGCAGAUUAUCAGUGACACCUCAUAGAGUUAGAGCUUUUAAAAGUGUCAGCAGUGUUCUUAAAACUCCUGAAUCAAGGACAAGCACCAUUAUUUUGAAUGAUAAUGGUUUGCGGGAUCAGACAGUAGACAAGAGUGAUUCUGACCAUUUCAAUAAACAUGAUUUCAGUGGCAGUUCAUUGUUGUCAUCCAGGAAAGUUUUGUUUUCAGAUUCAGAGUUGAAGUUUGAAAAUUCAAAUGUUGAGUUGAAAGACUCGGCACAUGAAAGCAAACUACAACACUUGGAGCAACAGCAUGUUGUGGAAAAGUUCAGAGCUGGAGAUGAUAGUUUUAAUGCAUCCCUAGGUGAAACUGCAAACAGCGAAACAAUCGAACCUGUUGUGGAGGCACUAACACAAACCUUAGAUACACUUUCUGUUCAUCAAGAACAAGAUGUAACUGAAGCUAUACUUGAUGUUUCGUUAGCUGAUGCUGCAGACAAGAAGGAUGUGUUAAAGGAUAGCUUUUCUUCUGAGGUGGUUGAUGAGAGAGAUGAAAUGGACAGUGUAAGGGCUUUCCCAAGCAAGAAAAAACUUUUAUACAACUUAUCAGAAGCUAGCAGUGACCUUUUUGAAAGUAGUGACAGUGAUUCGUCUAAUGACACUUCGACUGAAACAUAUGAGGAAAUCAAGGUCAAGUUAGCUGAAGAUAAAAUUGACAUCAACGAUGACAAGAGUUCUUCUGUCUCUCAAAGCAUGGCAGAGAAAAUGCCAUCACCGAUGCAAAGCCAACCCCUUUGUGAAUUAAAGAAAAAUCUUCUAGAAGAUGAGGUGUUUGAGAAUGCUUUGGAAUCUGAUCUAAUGUCAAGAAAGGGUGACAGUGUUGUACCAUGUGAUAUUGCACACCAGAACAUUAAAAUACCAAAAAACAGAGUUGUGGAGCAUGUGAUGUCUGGAAGUUGUUGCAAUACCCUUGGAUCAGGAAGCAAAGAUAUCAGUGUUUUCAUCCAUGGCUUGCAGCCCAGCAAACUUGACCUUGAUGUGUUCAUAGCCAUUGCCCAGGUGGAUCUUGAUGCUAGGAAAUAUCCAAACAUUGCUCAGUGGAAGAAACUGGUUAUGUCUUAUUCUGAAGCAACACAACAAAGGUUACAUUUCAUUUAUUUUAAGUUUAAACUUAUUCAUUUAUUUUUGUUACUCUUCUCUGUCUCUCUCUGUUUCUGCUGUCCCUGCAUGCCUCAGCCUCUCCUCUCUGACUCCCUCACUCCCUCCCUCUCUGGCUUCCUCACUCCUGCUCUCCCUGCCUUACCUCCCUCCCUCCCUAUCUCUUUCCUUCACUCCCUCCCUGCAUCUCACUCUCUCCCACACUGCCUCCCCUCCCUGACUCGUUCCUUCAUUCCCUCCCCUCUCCCCAUUCUCUCCAUCACUCCUUCUCUCCCUGGCUCCCUCACUCCUUCCUGAACUGUGUCCCCUCCAUACCUCCCUAACAUUCUACCUCCCUCCCUCUCUGGCCCUACCCUUCCUCCCAGGACCAAAUAAAAAUAGUCUUCAGAGCCAUAUGUAGCUUUUGGUAUUGCCAGACCCUACUUGUAGUGUCUUUCUC